GUGUUUUGGAGGUUGGUUGUGAUGUAACUUUGAGAUAAAAACUCAGAGUAAGACGGCUGACCACCAGAAUCAGUGAUCAAUCGUACGUAUCAUGCCUCCUCAAUGCAUCUUCAACUCCAAUCUGCGCUUGCCAUAUCGAAGCAAGGUGACAUCCCUUGAUGGGGACAUUGGCCUAAGUGGGGCAUCGUGGCGCUCCCGUGAAGAAAAGCCUUGGCAUCUUGACUCCACUUAGCCCCACCUACUCCACUAUCUCUUGGCUGUGAAGCUGAGCUUAAUUAAUUACAAGCCCAAGCCUACGCCGACAGGAGCAAACACGGGAAAGAGUCGCGAGAAUAAUGUGUCGUGAGGGAGAAAAGCGAUGAGGGCUUCCCGGAGUCACUUCUGGAAUGACGGGAAGGAUAACUCAUCAAGGACAAGCUCGAGGCCAACUAUCAGUUUUUCACAUCAAGAAAGCUCCUUUCCGAAACCUCCCGGGUCCAGAUCCGCUCCUCCUAAUUUUCUCCCGUACUUAGCCGACGAAACGGGACGUACAUCCUGGAGAGCCAAGCAAGCAAACCACAAUGUCGUCUAUCACCCUAGACAUGCACCCCGUGGCUUGGUGUAGUGCAGACCUGGAAUCUGGGACUAGAACCAUAGCUAUCUGCCGCCGCCUUGUCACGAGAUCUGGAGUUGUGACGCACUACUUGACAGCAGCGAGCUGCUUGGCUCCAGAUAGCCUCAUGGUUCGCCGGGCUGCGUCGCUCAAAGAGACCCUUGGUUUUUUCGAAAGCUGGGGGUGA